AUGGAUAGCCAAAGUAUGGUGACAAGAAUCGCACUUGUCCUUUUAUUCCAAACUUUCAUCAUAGCUGAACUUCGUGAUAGAAAUAUCCAAUGGCAGAUACCUAUAGGUAUAAUCCAGGACAGACGAGACGCUGUGACAUUUACAGGGUUUUACUACAGUGUACAAAUGUUAAAACAAAUUCAAUCACAGACAUUCGAGCUGCAUACUCCUGUUAGAUAUGUCGACAAGUCGGACAGUUAUAAACUGGCCCAAGCAAUAUGCACAUCGAUGUCGAAUGGUGUGUUUGCGUUGUUUGGUACAAAAUCUUACCGUUCCCAAGAUAUUCUGACGUCAUACUCUGACAAAUUCCAUAUGCCAUAUAUUACAAUCAGCUCUAUUUUGGAAAGAACAGAAGGGAAGUAUGAAGUCCACAUGAAGCCACCAUUAACACGGAUCCUGAGAGAUUUGAUCUUUGCAAAAAAGUGGAAGAACAUUUUCUAUGUUUAUGAUUCAGACGCAGGUUUAAUGCGUUAUCAGGAAUUAAGAGAACUGCUCUUACAGAACAAUACCGAUCAACCUGUCUACAUAAAAAUACGACGAAUACAGAACAUAAAACAAGCACAUGACGAUCUCAAAGCUUUAGAUUCACAAGAAUUACGGUCUACGACCAAACAAAUUUUAAUUGAUCUGGAGUCUGAGGAAUCAUAUGCUGUAAUUCUGCAGCAGAUACGAGAAGUUGGAAUGAAUAAACAAAAUUAUUCAUACAUUUUAGCAACGCAGGACAUUUUGAGUCUUCCAGUAGAAAAGUUUCGCCAUGGUGGUGUACAGAUCACAGGAUUUCAGCUGGUAGAUUAUUCGACAUACAAAGUACAACGGUUUAUAGGCCAAUGGAAAGCGCUACCAACAUCUUUGUGGCCCGGGGCAGGGAGUAACAGAAUAAGGGUUGGUGCAGCUCUUUCUAUUGAUGCAGCAGUGAUACUACAGGAAACGAUUAAAGGGAUGCUUGAAAGUGACCCUAAUGUAUUCAAAACAACAUUUAGACGUGCUGAUAUUUACAACUUUAAUACGACCAAAGGAAUUCCUUGUUCUGGUGGCAGACCUUGGAUGCAUGGCCAAGAAAUUAUGAGAAGGAUGAAAUCGAUGGACUUUGAUGGUUUAACAGGAAGGGUCACUUUUGACGAAAAUGGUAUGCGCAGACAUUUUAAUUUGGGAGUUUAUCAAGUGUCCCUUGAUUUUGGACCUACAAAGAUAGGUGAUUGGCAUUCCGUCAAUGGUUUCACAUGGAAAGGACAAGAGGAGAAAUAUGAAGAAAAGAUAGAUAACAUUGACAGAGAUAUCAAAAUUGUGAUAAGUGUACUGGAAAAGCCGUUCUUUAUGCUUAAAUCAGAACCACAGAAAAAUGGAUCAGCAUGGACAGGAAACGAUCGAUAUGAAGGUUUUUCUGUAGAGUUGAUACGUGAAGUUGCAAGCAUAGCAGAUUUUAAAUACAAGUUAAAGCAUAGUACUGACGGAAUUUACGGAACAUACAUAUACGAAAACAAUUCAUGGAAUGGAUUAAUUGGUCGUAUCAUAAGGAAGGAAGUUGAUAUAUCAAUCGCUCCUUUGACGAUUACACGACAUAGAGAAGAGUAUGUAGACUUUUCAGAACCAUUUAUGAAUACUGGUAUCAGCAUUAUGAUAAAGAAACCAGAUAUUCAGAAACCUGGAGUAUUUGCGUUUAUGCAACCUUUCUCUAUAUUUUUAUGGUUAUGUAUCGUAAUAUCCUACUUUGUCGUCAGUGUUGGAAUAUUUCUAGUAGGAAGAUUUAGUCCAUCUGAAUGGGAAUGGUCAAAACCUUUUAAACUCGGAAAUAAUAAAUUUAAUUUAGCUAGUUCGUUUUGGUUUACCAUGGGAUCUAUGAUGUUGCAGGGAUCAGACACUUGUCCAAGAUCUAAUGCGGGAAGAAUAGUUGGUGGAGCUUGGUGGUUUGUUGUGCUGAUAACAAUUUCAUCUUAUACAGCAAAUCUAGCGGCAUUUCUUACCAUAGAAAAGUUACUUACCCCUAUUGAAGGCGUCGAUGAUUUGGCAAAGCAAACAGAAAUCGCAUAUGGAACACUGGCAUCAGGAUCAACACAGGAUUUUUUCCGUAAUUCUGAGGUGCCUGUAUACCAAACAAUGUGGAAUUAUAUGACUUCUGCCCAGCCAACGGGAUUUGUCGAUUCAUCGAAAGAAGGUGUAGAACGUGUUCGUAAUAUGAAAGGAAAAUAUGCUUUCCUAAUGGAAUCCGUUUAUAACGAAUACUUCAAUCAUCAGGAACCAUGCGAUACCAUGCAAGUUGGACCAAAUCUCAAUUCAAAAGGUUAUGGCAUCGCCACAUGGAAGCGCUCUGGGUUAAGGGAUCAGAUAUCAAUAGCUGUCCUAAAACUAAAGGAGAAUGGGAUGUUAAUUAAAUUGAAAAACCAAUGGUGGAUUGAAAAAGGUGGAUGUGGAGUCCAGGAAUCACAUUCGAAGUCAAAGAAACGAUCACUAUCGCUGAACAAAGUCGCAGGAGUUUUCUUCAUUCUCAUUGGUGGACUUGUAUUUGCAAUUGUUGUUGGUGUCAUUCAUUUCCAUAAAACAAAGACUAAAGUUCAAAAGUUAGGCGGUUUAUAUUUCUUUGGAAAUGACAUGAAAUGUACAGCCAACAUUGAGUAUACUAGAUGUCCUUCUGAGAGCACGAAUGGGCGUGUAGUAACAAACGGUCGUUCAAAUGGAGAAAAACCUCAGGCAGGUUGGCAUGAAAAUGACGAACUUGGAGUACCUAACCUUGACCAUCACGUGUGUCAAUCCAUAGAUAAUUCUGUGCACAGAAACAGACACGAGCCUGUACACCGUUUAUCUGCCAAGAAAAAGUCAUGAAGAUAGAGGUGACGUGAUAGUAUGUGAGUGAAUACAUACACACUUUAAACAUACAGUCUGCUGUUGUUUCAGGAUUAUGGUAGUCUGGUGGUGCUAAAGCAUAUGAGUUGUGUUUAUUGUAUACAAAUGUAUACGACCUUUUCAAUCUAACAAGAUGUCGAAUUUUUAAGAAGAUAUGAUUCGAACAUAUACAUAAAAAUUCUUUGUUAUGCUACAUGUAAAUGUCUAUAAAGCUGCAGUAAGGAAAAUAUUUUUGAAGUACUGCGGCUGAUGUUUUCGUGUAAAAAUUAAGAACAAGAAUAAUUGUUGUCUUCGACUUGCUUUUAGAAGAUUUUUCAUUAUAUACUGUUAUAUAUAUGCGUAUUGAUUUUUUUAAAGGU